UAUUGAAUCGCCGCCAAAGGUUGUUCUUCCAACGAAGUCAAGGCGAUAACGCCGUCGCCCCGCUCACCUCCACCCUCCGCCUUUGACUCGACACGCAGCCGCCGCUUCCCGGAACUCUCGUUCCCUUGCUUCCAGGACUGGCUCUUCCUACCUUGUCUGCUACGAAGCUUCCCACCUUCGCAUCCACCAUUAUUUUCCCCCAGUUUCUGGAUUUCUUGAAGUGAGCUUUAUCCAGACUCUUGAUUCGCGGCCGGACCUAACAUAAGAGAUCUAAGGACGUUAUCCUUUCAGGGUUUCUAUUCCCAGGUUCGGGGAAUUAGUUACUUUUCCAUUUGUUGGUUCUGCUGAGGCGGUUUUAUCCGAUCCAAGGACUUAAACCGCGGCUCAGAAUACGAUUUGUGAAGGGUUUUCUGUGUUCAGAAUUAUUGGUAGAUGGCUUCUUUGGCUCUGCAUCUGUUGAUUGUAGCACAAUUGCCAUGGGGCUUGGUGUCUGCUUCAGUUCCGACACUUUCUAAGGCAUGCGGAUACGAUCAGGUUGACUACUUGAGAUCGCGGGGUGAGUAUUACCUCUCGAUUAAUGGGAUAAGGAUGGAUGAUGCCUUUUUGAUCUGCAAGGCACUUGAAUCCUACUUCAAGAAUGGUUGCUUCACCUGUGACGCCAAUGUGGAAUCGUGGACAACAAUCGGAGAGAACUACUGCGAUCAGGACUUCACCGCAUUCGUUCAUGUCAAGUGCAGUACCAUCUCUGUGGACUCACUCAAACAAGAGGGGAGGAAACUCUUAUUACAGUCAUCAGAAAAUGUCACAAUUCUUAGUCAGGGGAUCAAACUGGAUCUGUCAGAUGAAGAAAAGAAAGAAUAUACGUCUUCAGAACCACAGAAUAUCCCUCUCGCUAUUCCAGGAAUGCUCCUCCUAUGUUGUGGUGUCCUCUGUCCUUGCUUUCAUGCGAAACGAAAGGAAAAAAGUGAGCAUAGUGUUCUAGACAGAGAAUUGAAAUCGAUGGAUUUAAAUUCAUCUUUAGAGUUAAGCUCGGUCUCUGAAAAGAUCCCAGUGACCCCAAGAGUACCUCCUAGUCCAUCUCGGUUUUCAUCAUCUCCUCAACUGAGCAGAAUUGGAUCAGUACAUCUCAGUAUCAAUCAGAUAAUAAGGGCAACUCAUAAUUUUUCAAAUUCAGUGAAAUUAGGUGAAGGAGGCUUUGGAACUGUAUACAAGGCUGUUUUACCAGAUGGUCAAGUCGUCGCAAUUAAGCGAGCAAAGAAGGAGCAAAUUUCAUCUUUGAGAGAUGAAUUCAGCAAUGAAGUUGAGCUGCUUGCAAAGAUUGAACAUAAUAAUUUGGUGAGGUUGCUUGGUUACACUGACAAAGGAAAUGAACGCAUUAUAAUUACCGAGUAUGUCCCAAAUGGUACUCUGAGGGAGCAUCUAGAUGGUCUCUGUGGAAAAAUUUUAGACUUCAGUCAACGUGUAGAAAUCGCCAUUGAUGUUGCCCACGCAUUGACUUAUCUCCAUCUAUAUGCAGAAAAAACAAUAAUUCACCGAGAUGUGAAGUCAUCAAAUAUUCUGCUGACAGAAAGCUAUAGAGCAAAGGUGUCUGAUUUUGGGUUUGCAAGGAGUGGUUUAUCAGACACAGAUCAAACUCACAUAUCAACCAAAGUGAAAGGAACUGCUGGGUACCUUGAUCCAGAAUACCUAAGGACAUAUCAACUCACUCCAAAGAGCGACGUAUUUUCCUUUGGAAUUUUGCUCAUUGAAAUUAUUUCCGGGCGGCGACCAGUAGAUCUCAAAAGAAAUGCUGACGAAAGGAUCACUGUAAGAUGGGCUUUCAAGAAGCAUAGCGAAGGAAAUGUUCAGGACAUAUUGGACCCAUUACUUGAGGAGAACGUUGAUGAUGAGAUAAUUGGGAUGAUGCUCGACCUUGCAUUUGAUUGUGCUGCCCCUACACGUUCCAGUCGUCCUGCUAUGAAAGAAGUAGGAGAACAACUAUGGGAAAUAAGAAAACGUUAUGGAAAGACCCUAAGGGGAAUGUCGGGAUCCUUGCACCAGUGAAGAUGGCAUCGACGAUAGAGGAUGUCGCCAAAGGAAAUCUGUUGUUCAUGCCAUUGAUCCAAGGACAGUAUAUCUGCUGUUACCUGUGCAUUUAUUUUAGGACAUAGCGGACAAUAUAGAGAUUGUAAAUAUCAACAUUUGAAACAUCUUGUUGGAUGCACACAACAGGAAAUUUGAUAAUAUGCUCUUCGGUGGUCUAUACUAUGAUAUUACCACUACCCUUGAGCUAGUAUGUUCAUCCUGCUGCUUAUGGAUGAUGAUGUUUGUUUGUUUGAUCGAUGAGAUCUGGUGCAUGUAAAAUGCUGUCCAUUUGUUUUGCUGUAUAUUUUUCUGGCGAAUGUAGAAGUGGUUGUGUUA